CGCCUUCCCCUGCCCGGCUCACUGACACUCAGUCCAGUCAUGAAAAUGAGAGCUUUUGUAAAUUUUCAUAAGCUUUAGAUCUCGUUAAAUACAAGUUACAACUAAGAACGAUCCAGUUUCAUUGAGAAUCAAAUAAUUUUAUACGAUUUAAUAUACCAAAGAGUUUUUCUUAUAAGUGAUUUUUUAAGUAACUAAGGAAUUUGGACAUUUUGCUUGUAAAAUUUCUUUUUGAACGAAAUAUCCGAUUCUUCCAAGUUACGAAGGGUAAGAUUCCAUCUAGACUCUAGAGCAUAAAAUGUCUGUAGCUUUUGCACCGCGCGGUAAUCGUCCGCCCUUAAGCCCGGCACAGAUUCAGAAAAUGUUAGAUGAAAAUGCUCAUCUGAUACAAACCAUACAAGAGUAUCAAGCAAAGGGUCAGCUGGUAGAAUGCCACCAAUAUCAACAAGUAUUACACAGGAAUCUAGUUUACUUAGCGUCCGUGGCGGACGCUAAUCAAAAUAUUCAACAAAUUUUACCGCCUCCUCAUCAACUUGCUCAAACGGGGAAUGUACCCCAAGGUGGAGUUAAUCCUCCAGUCAGUGGUGGUGAAGGUCCUGGUUCCCCACAGCAGCAGUACCGGCCACCUUCUGGAGUAUCUACAGCUCCAACAAGACCAACUCAAUCAUAUGGGCAAAGACCUUACCCACAAAAUCAGUAUCAAGGACAAUAUCAAGGGGCUUAUCCACCACAAGGUGGAUAUGGUCCACCUGCACAAGGAUAUGGUCCGCCUAAUCCGGGACAACAACCUCAGGGAUAUCCUCCAAAUUCUACAUAUGGACCACCAAUAACUACAGCCCCAAAUAACUAUCCUCCAUCAACACAUCCAGGACCUGGUUACCCACCAUCUUCUGGACAGCAACCUUAUGCACCACCUCCAGGUAAUCCUCCUGCAGCUGGUUCUCCCUACCCAGUGAGAGGACCUAGUCAACCAAAUUAUACUGGUAAUUCAGCAUAUCCACCACCACAGUCUGGUCCCAACUAUCCAAAUGUUGGUGUAAGCUCAUAUAAUGCUACUACAUCUCAACCGCAACCAUAUCAAUCUCAAUCUUUUCAAAAUACAACACCAACUACAGGGUAUGGUUCAACUCCUGUCUCUCAGCCAAAUAGAUCACCCCAGCCACCCCCUAGUGGUUAUACUUCACAAAAUCCGCCUAGUUCUGGGUAUGGCUCUCCUUCAGCCCAAUCACCAACCUUUAAUUCAAGUUCCCAACAUGGCAACAAUCCACCAUCAACAGCCCCAGCCCCAUCAGGUGUGCCACCACAAUCUGGACCUCCUCCUGGUCAACAAUACCCUCCAUCUGGACAACCAUCACCUUAUCCUCCUGCAAGCCAACCUCCAUAUUCAAAUCCUUCUUCUCAGCCAGGAAGUCCUGCUCCACCAGUUUCUACAGCUCCGCUCCCGCAAUCCUCAUAUCCUCAAAAUCCACAAAACUAUCCUCCAGCAGCAGCAGGUUAUCCUCCUCAUGCUUAUCAGCAAGGCUAUCCUCCGAGCCAGUAUCCACCCUCGCCUUAUCCUUAUGCCAGAGCUCCAGCUCCCGGAGCACCCCCACCUGCAGGAGCCCAACCAUAUCCAGGUUACAGUUUCCAACCCCCUAACCAACAGUAAGUAUUUACAAUUGUACUGUUUUAGUUUUAGUAUGUAAUGUUAUGAAUUAUGAUUAACUU